GUGGUGACGUCGCAGCGUUCUUCCUGUUUGCCUCUGAACGCAAUGGCGGCGGCUGCGCGGCUUCUGUUGAGAAGUUCAGGCGUUAAGUCCUCUUUUAGCGGCUUACCCGGCAGCGUGCACGGCAGUUUGGGGAUAACUUUACUCAGACUGUCCCCGGACUGCACAACCAAGCCGACAACACAGAGAAGACAUGCAGCGCACUUCACCUAUCACCCUGACCCUGUCCCCACUCAGUAUGGGUCCACACAGAAGAUGAAUUUAUUUCAGUCUAUAACCAGUGCCCUGGACAACACUCUUUCAAGUGAUCCCACCGCAGUCAUUUUUGGAGAGGAUGUCGCUUUCGGUGGUGUUUUCCGAUGCACCGUUGGCCUGAGAGAUAAAUAUGGUAAAGAUCGUGUGUUCAACACGCCGUUGUGUGAGCAGGGCAUUGUGGGAUUUGGCAUCGGUGUAGCUGCUGCAGGUGCCACCGCUGUUGCAGAGAUACAGUUUGCUGACUACAUUUUCCCAGCGUUUGAUCAGAUUGUAAACGAAGCCGCCAAGUAUCGGUACCGUUCGGGGAACAUGUUUGACUGUGGUAACCUGACCAUCAGAGCUCCUUGGGGCUGCGUGGGUCACGGCUCGCUUUAUCACUCCCAGAGUCCAGAGGCCUUCUUCGCACACUGUCCUGGAAUAAAGAUUGUUGUGCCGAGAGGUCCAGUCCAGGCCAAGGGUCUCCUCCUGUCCUGCAUCGCCGAUCAGAACCCCUGCAUCUUUUUUGAGCCCAAAAUCUUGUACAGAGCAGCAGUUGAGCAGGUCCCCACAGAGGCCUAUAGCAUCCCUCUGUCUCAGGCUGAGGUCCUGCAGGAAGGAAGUGAUGUCACAAUGAUCGCCUGGGGGACACAGGUGCAUGUGAUAAGAGAAGUGGCCUCUAUGGCUCAGGAAAAGCUGGGUGUCUCCUGUGAAGUCAUUGACCUACGGACAAUUUUACCCUGGGAUAAAGAAACGGUUUGCAAGUCGGUGGUGAAAACUGGUCGCCUGCUCAUCAGUCAUGAAGCUCCAGUCACGGGAGGAUUUGCUUCUGAGAUCAGUGCUGCAGUUCAGGAAGAGUGUUUCCUUAAUUUAGAAGCGCCCAUUACUAGAGUCUGUGGGUAUGACACACCGUUCCCUCAUAUCUUUGAGCCCUUCUACAUCCCAGACAAGUGGAAGUGCUUUGAUGCUGUCAAGCGUAUGAUCAACUACUGAAGCUCAGAUGACGGGAUUAAGAUCAUGGACGUCUCCUCUUGACCAGACAACAAUAAUCUCAACGUCACUUUUUAAGUUACUACUUGUAGAUGGGACCAUGUUUCCAGACAAGCUGUCAUUUUUUGGGUGGAGAACAUCAUUGAUCUGUAUCUGGAGAAUCAACGUGGUUCAUGAACAUUAACAUGCAGACAUCAGAUGGGUGUUUUGCUGUUGAGUCUAGUCUUUGAUUGUCUGUAAUAUUGCUGUUACAUAUAGUGUGACCAUCUUAGUUUUGUUAUUAUACUUAAUUGGGGAUCUAGUAAUUAAAGGGCCGGGUUUAUGGUGUGAUCCAGUGUUUCUCUUUCUAACUGUAGUUUUAUAGUGACUUACCAUCCCCAAAAAAUGUUUGGGUUAAUUGAAUAAAUCUGAAUUGAUCAGAUUAAGCCGUCUACAUUUAAACAGCAGCAUCAGUUUGAAUGAUCUACAGUCAGGCACAUAACACUUUUCACUUUCACAUUUCAGUAAUAUUAAGCCAAAUCAAUGUUAUGUUGCACACAGAAAUAUUGUGUGAAAUACUCCAUCCGUAAUUAUACUGAAGUCUUUUUAUUGCUGCUCGUCAGUGCAUUAUGGGAUAGACAGUAGAUGAACAGACCUUCAGAGCUUAUCUGUGCAUUUUCAGAAAGUUGAAUUGCUCCAUGAUCUCUAUUUGACAGUCCUCUGAAGUUCAAUACCACACAAACAAGAAAGCUCAUGACCUACAAUUAGUUUAAUGUUAAAGUGUCAUUUUAAAAACAUAACUUUGUCAGUUAUGUAAGCAAAUUAACACUGAUGUUUUCUGCUGCUACUUUGAAAGUUUGUACAAGCUGAUGUUUAGCUUGAUUGUUUCAUGUAUUAAUUAAACAAAUUCAAGAUAAUACAAGAAAAGAGAAAAAUCCACACUUCCACAUCUUGCAAGAAAUCCAAAAUGAAACAAAAAUGGUAAGACUUUAUUUCAAUAGUCCACUUUAGACAUUUGACCAUAAGUAACUUUGCAACUACUUAUCACCAAUCUUUAGAGUAUUAGAAUGUCUGAAGUGGACUUUCAAAAUAAAAUGUAACCAUUAAAUUGCUGGACAAAACGCACAAGAGGAUCAAAAAUCGCCAAUCAGAAAUUUUCAUAAAAUUGGGUGGAAAACAACAAUGGCACCCAAAGAAAGCACAAAGAAUGUAAAAGAGCAGUCAAAAGAAUGAUAAUGCCUUGUCUCUACACUCUCAAUAAAUUUGGUUUGUGAUUUUU